UCCCUCAUAGUCCGGCCGAGACACGGUGUAUGCUGAGCCGUUACCGCCGCCAGCUGCUGCACGUCCUGAGCCUUAGCUUCCCGCUGCUGACUCGCCGGCCGCUUCUCCUCUGCCCUCACCACCUCAUGAAGCCGUUGGUCGUGUUCGUCCUCGGGGGGCCGGGCGCCGGCAAGGGAACCCAGUGCACCCGCAUCGUCGAGAAAUAUGGCUACACACACCUUUCUGCAGGAGAACUUCUUCGUGAUGAAAGAAAGAACCCAGAUUCACAGUAUGGUGAACUCAUUGAAAAGUACAUUAAAGAUGGAAAGAUUGUGCCAGUUGAGAUAACGAUCAGCUUGUUAAAGAGGGAAAUGGAUCAGACAAUGGCUGCCAAUGCCCAGAAGAAUAAAUUCUUAAUUGAUGGGUUUCCAAGAAAUCAAGACAACCUUCAAGGUUGGAACAAGACCAUGGAUGGGAAGGCAGAUGUAUCUUUUGUUCUGUUUUUUGACUGUAAUAAUGAGAUCUGUAUCGAACGAUGUCUUGAGAGGGGAAAGAGUAGUGGUAGGACUGAUGACAACAGAGAAAGCUUGGAAAAGAGAAUUCAGACCUAUCUUCAGUCAACAAAGCCAAUUAUUGACUUAUAUGAGGAAAUGGGGAAAGUCAGGAAAAUAGAUGCUUCUAAAUCUGUUGAUGAAGUUUUUGAUGAAGUUGUGAAAAUUUUUGACAAAGAAGGCUAACUCUACACCUAAAGACAUCCUUGAACUCAUGCUUGAAUAUUGCUUUGAUAGCUGCUGUCACAACCCCUUUUUAAGGCAAUUUUGAUCUUUCAUAAUUACAUCUCAGUUAAUGGCUGGAAAGUAUGUAGUAAGACAAAUUUUUUAUCCUUUUUUUUUUGUUUGUUUAUUUGUUUGUUAGAAGAGUAGACAGUGAAUUUAGGUUCAACUUUAGUUAUGGUGCUCAGUAAACAAAGAAGGGUAUCAGCAAGUUUUUGUUUUUAUUCAAAAGAAACAUCCCUUUUAUAGUCUGCUUUCUAUGAGCAAAACUUUUUUUUUAUUGUUGUAGUUUAGUCUCCCAUACAAAAAUUUAUACAUACAUUGUUAUGUGACCCUAACUGCUCUCCCCAUACUGCGACAGCACACUCUUCCUUUCCACCCCUGAUUCCCCAUGUCCAUUCAGCCAGCUCCUAACCCUCUCUCCCUUCCCAUCUCACCUCCGGACAGAAGCUGCCCGUUUUGUCUCUUGUAUCUAUGUGAGCAAAACUUUUUAGUAUAUGUGUAUAUCCCCUUAGUCUUGUUACAACAUGUUAGGAUUGGGGAUCUCCAGUUCUUUUUCUUGCAGGUUGUAAAUUUCCAACCUGUUAAGUGAAUUUGUGGACCAAAUUUCAAAGGAACUUUUUGUGUAGUUACUUCUUGCAAAAUGUGUUUGGUAAACAGACUCAUAAAAUGACUUCUUAGAAGUGUUUUAGUAUUUAUCAAAUAACUAAACAUUUCCUAUAGAAAAAUAAGAAAACUUGGGCUUUGUUUUACUACAGCUUGUACAAAGUUGUGUAAUAGGGCAUAUUCUUUGAUUCCAGGGUUUGGGUUUGGGGCACUGGGGUUCAGAGCCUGGCAGAAUGUCACCUUUAUUCUGACAUAAAUCUGAGGGUAAGGGAUGAGGAUCACAUCUAAUGGCUGUGUUCCUUAUGCUCUAUUAUAUAGUAUUAUUAAUGAUUAAACUGAUUUUAACAAAAUUCCUAGCAGUGGAACACUGAAAUGCAUGUGCUCGAUUUAUGAUAAAUGAGUCAGAGUUUUAGUAACACUUCAAAGAUUUUUUUGUUUUUGGUUUUCUUAGACUGAAUACAGGUUUACUAUAAAGUAGUAGAAGAAAUGCUAAUGGUUAAAUUUCUCAUUUGUAUUUUGUUUUCUUGAAUACUUUUUUCAUAAUUAUUUGUUUAAGAAGACAACAAUCAUUGCACUUUGGUCAGAAAAAUAAUAAAUAUAUCUUAUAA